CUACAUUUGCAUUGAACUCUUUUAGGGUUGUUAUCUUCUUCUUCUUCUUCUCCAAUUCAAAAGCUGCAGUAGCUAAGACUAACGUAUCUCUAGCUAAGGGCCAAUCACAGUCAACUUUCUAUACAAAACUACAACCUGCUUCUUCAAUUCAAGUACCUUCUAAGACCCAAAAGGAAUGGCGACAGCUGCUCAAUUGACGACUGCAUCGUCUAUUAUUUCGCCCUCAAACUCAUUUGAGAGGCUUAGGGCAUCGAGAGUGAAGCUCACUUCCUUUGCACCAUUGAGGCAAGGUGCUCCUUUCCGCAGCCUUAUCGUGAAAGCUGCCACUGUUGUUGCCCCGAAGUACAGUUCCAUCAAGCCAUUGGGUGAUAGAGUGCUGGUCAAGAUCAAGAUUGCAGAAGAGAAAAGCGUAGGAGGUAUCUUACUUCCAAUGACAGCACAAACAAAACCUCAAGGAGGCGAGGUUGUUGCUGUUGGAGAGGGUAAGACAAUAGAAAAGAAUAAGGUGGACAUCAGUGUGAAGACUGGUGCUCAGGUGGUAUAUUCCAAGUAUGCUGGGACUGAGGUGGAGUUCAAUGGUUCAAAUCAUCUCAUACUGAAAGAGGACGACAUUGUUGGUAUUCUUGAGACAGAUGAUGUGAAAGAUUUGAAGCCCUUGAAUGAUAGAGUUUUGAUCAAGGUCGCAGAGGUUGAGGAAAAAACUGCUGGAGGCUUGUUGCUGACAGGGGCAAGCAAGGAGAAGCCUUCCAUUGGCACAGUGAUUGCUGUAGGGCCUGGUCCUCUGGACGAGGAAGGCAACAGGAAACCACUGUCUGUCACUCCUGGAAACACAGUUUUGUUCUCCAAGUAUGCAGGAAAUGAUUUCAAGGGCAGUGAUGGGGCAGAUUACAUAGCUCUCAGGGCAUCUGAUGUGAUGGCUGUGCUUUCUUAAUUCUGCACCCAUAUGUGUUUGUGUUUUUUGUUCAAUCACUAGUUUUUCCAGCAAAUUCCUCACAAGAUAUGACGAUAUCACUGUGAUCACACCUUAAAUAUGUCCACAGCAACUAUAUUUUUGUAGCCAACUGUAAUAGUCUUUUAUUCUUUGCUGUUUC